AUGAAGCAACCGGUAGCAGGUACUCGCAACCCGCCUCCCCGUGACUAUGGCACUCUGUGGCGCCUCCCGGAGAGAAUCAUGGCGAGAAGGCCGCAGGAAAAGGACGCCGCUUCGAAACUCGAGGUGUUGGGUUGGCUCAAGCGCCAGGCCCAAAACCAAAAGGUUCCCCAGCACUAUGCAAGCCAUGCCGUCGCCGCUAAGCCCCUCGCGGCAUGUCCCCCAGCAGCCACUGGACCGCCUAAACCGCCCACCCAGGUGAUUCGCCACCCCUCGAGUAGCCUUGCUUGGUGGCUGCAGCUCUCCGUCUCCGAGUACAUACUGCACUGUCCUCGUACGCCCUUUGUCGGCUCAUGUGCUGCUCGUAUUCUCCUCGGCCAUCGCCAUUGUCAUGGUAAAUAG